GAGCUAGUAAGAUGGUGCAGCCGUAGCCUUGUACCUAUCACCUAGACAUCGUUCAACCCUAGACAAAUAUGGGCAGGCUUCUAAAAGCUUCAAUCCCCGUAGCCAGAUUGCGAGCAUACUCAUUGCGCGACUGAUGUACCAGAAAGCAGGAAUUUGGGUGGCUCACGCGUUGUUAGCGCGAUCGGCAGCAAGCGACGUCAGUAACGUCUUCCAUAAACAUGCAUUUCGCCCAGACCUCCCCCUCGCAUCUUUGUUACACGGAAAGUAUGACUUCAAAAGCGACUGUACAGGCAACUUCAAUCGACGGCGAUAAGCUGAACACACCUUUGAAGAGUGUGCUGAAUUUCAGAGAUGUCGGCGAGUUUGUCAAUAGAGCCUCAGGGAGAAAGAGUCUAAAGACGAGACUGUUGUACCGAGGCGCGCGACCAGAUGAAGCAACAGUAGGCGACCGAGAACGCCUUGUAAAGGAAUAUGGUGUGAGGAGCAUCAUUGAUCUUCGAACAAAAACCGAGCAUAUCGAACAAGCCCAGAAGCGAGAUAGCAAAAUCAAAGCAUCAGCUGCGAUCCCUCAGUCCAACGACGAUGUUGCUGGACCUCUCAAGAUGCCAGAGGUUACGUAUCACGAAAUCAACUUCAAUGGCUCAGCAUUCUCGCGAAUGCUGAUUUCCAAGCUCACCUGGCUGGAAUUCUUUCGCCUAGCCGGACUCAUGCUCUUUGGAUACCGCCUCGAUGCAAUCAAGGUACUGUCGCCACACAUGGAAGAGAUGGGUCUUUUCGGACUGGCAAAGAGCUCAGUAGACGUCUGCACCAAGGAAGUGAAGCAGGUCUUUGAUGUCCUCGCAGACGACAGGAAUUGGCCCGUGUUAGUUCAUUGCACACAAGGCAAAGAUCGGACAGGCCUGAUUGUGAUGCUUGUCCUUUGGCUAGUCCAAGUCGAGGACGAUAUCAUCGAAGAGGACUAUCUGCUUUCUGAGCCCGAGCUUGCGUCGGAGAAAGAGUCUCGAAUGAAAGAGAUCGGCGCGAUAGGCCUGUCUGAACAAUUUGCGGUGUGCCCGCCAGGUCUUACAAAAGAAGUCCAUUCACACAUUCAGGAGAAAUAUGGUGGCGUUGAGAAGUACUUGCUGGAGAAUGUUGGGGUUAGUCAAGAAACGCUAGGGAUGCUGAGAAGGAGGAUGCUGGCCGCUGAUUCGUAGAGAGCCGCGCGUUCGCGUUCGCAUAUUUUAUCGAUUGAACCUGGUCUCAGUCGCAAAAGUGCAGCAAAAGUGUGGACAUGAACCCAAGACAUGUCCAAAAGACGCGAUUUUUGGUUUUUGCUGCUCGCACGGCAAGGUGCUACCGAUCUAAGGGCCCUGAGUGCUACAGUUCCCUUGCUUUGUGGCUUCGUUAUCGCGGGGUGUUGGCGUUUCAGGUGUAGAAGCUAGGACUGACACCAGAUUCGCUUAGUGGGCUACACCGUUCAAGCUUGGCACAUGCAGCUGUCUUUAGAAAACA